AAGACCUGUGUUUUUGUUUCCAGCCAGACUAUGUACAUUUCUCCCAUCCUUGUUAUCCAUUUCAAGGCAAGGAGGGUUGAAAGAGGGAGGGAUAUCUGUUGCCAUGGUGAAGGUUCUUCGAGCAGCUGCUGAUUCGCCCACCACUGUCGCAGAUACCGUACUGGACUUCUCGUGUUCUAUCCUUCCUUUCAUCCGACAGCCAUUCGAGGAGGAUAGCGUAUUCUUCGACAAUCUUUUAAACAAAAUUCUCCCGCUGCUGACCCUUUUUUUUUUUUUUUUUUUUUUACUGAACAGAAAUGGGAGACCAUUAUAAGCACAGGUAGAAGAUACUAUCAGGAGCAGCAGGACUUUUGGUUCUUGGUCAACACACCAGAGCCCGGUUGUUGCUGGAAUGCCAAACAGCAAUCCUCACUCCUCGAAGCAAAACUGUAACCGCAAGGACCUAAAUUCAAGUCGGAAUUGCAAUAAUUGUAAAAUGGCCUUUAUUUGAUCCUCAUCAGACCGCUGUGUGCAGAUAGACUUCAAUUCGUAGGACUGCAUCCUUCAUGAAGUCUGAAGGACUGGCCAAAGCCAACACACCAGGAGAAGGUCACUCGUUAUCAUCUACGACUGCAAAAAUGUUAGAUGAUGGAAUAGCAGCAGCAAAAGAAAAGUCAUCUUCAGCCUCCGAACUGGUUGCCAACGACACUGAGGAUUCAGUUGUGACACAAGAUUUAGCAGCCACCACCCACCCUAAAAGCUCUUACGUAACUAAAGGGCAACAAAAGAAGCCAAACCUAGGUAUCAGGCCUAAAAUGGUGGCCUCAACCUGCACAUCAUCUGCAAAGCCUCAGAAGAGUCCAGUAGGAAAAGGACAGGUCAGCCCGUCCGCCUUGCUGUGUUCUCAGCCUGUUGCUUCUUCGUCUGGCAGCACCUCACUGGAGAAUGGAGCCAGCAGCCCAAGUAAAGGCACAAAAUCCACCUCAGGAGAAAAACCCAAGUCGCAGAUCAAAGCAGUGAACAAAGUCCCACUGACGAAACCUCAGAAAUUAGACUCCAGAAAGACCAACAGUCCUUCCAGUAGGACAGGUAUUAAAGAUGGCUGCAAAGUAAAAACUGGUGCAGCUGAGAAAGUGUCCAAUUCACCAGGAACAGGCUCUUCUAGAGGAAAAGGAACAUUGGACCAUCACGUAUCCAAGGUGGGAUUUUCUACAAAAAAGCAAGAAAAAAAAGAAGACGGCAGGAAUAGUUUAAAAGCCUCGACAGGACACAACACCAAUUGUGAAAAACCUAAAAAGAAGAUCAUAAAAACGAGUUCAGAAACAAGUGACACAACCAAAUCCCUGUCUACGGUUACUGCUGCCAAAUGUACACCCAAACUGAGGAGUGUUACCGAAACACCUGCGGAGAAGCUUUCACCAAAUUCUGCAUCCAAAGCCUUAGCUGCUGCUGCGACCCCCAAAAAGUCAGCAACAAAGGGAGGAGAGAUAAAGAAUAGUAGAAGGAUCAAUUGUAAAUAUGAGCCUGGCCCAACUAAAAGCAGUAAGCAUGUUGCAGCGCCUAAAGCACCUGGAUUUGGUGACCAAGUGAUACAUAGCACGGAGUCAAAAAACCAAGAAGGAGAAGAAGAGUUGCAAAUCUGUGCAAAGCUGAAAUUGUCAGACACAAGUGUGCCAACCGAGAACAAGGUUAUUUCUGAUCUCUCAGAUGAUCGUCGGCAGAUUAAAGAAAAAGAAGCUAGCGAAUCCCCCAACAGCAUCAUCCGUAGUCACAUUAGCGAAGUGCAGACCCGUGUGGUGAGCUUCCCAAACUCGCAGAAAGGUAAAGAAUCCCCCGCUGACAGGCCCUGCAACGUAGUAAGCACAACUACCCCACUAGAGGACUCCUUGAGUGGAAUCCACCCUCAAGUCAGCCCCGAAUCUGAGACUGGCAGCACCCACACUACCUCCUCCGAUGACAUUAAGCCCCGCUCAGAGGACUACGACGCCGGAGGUUCUCAAGACGACGACUUCUCACAUGAACGCGGCGUUUCCAAGUGUGGAACCAUGCAGUGUCAUGAUUUUCUGGGUCGUAGCAGCAGUGACACAAGCACUCCGGAGGAGUUAAACGUGUGUGAAGGAAGGCCUGGGCUGAGGGUUGAGGUGUGGCUGCAUGGAAGGGAGGUGGAGACUACCAGUGAGGAGGACACUGAGAGGUGCCACCGUCGUUCCUGGUUGGUAAGAGAUGAGGUUUGUUUUGCAAAGGAAACCUCAGAGCCGGAGCUGAGUGCGGGUGUAAAACGUGUCCCGGACCACCAGCUCUUCUCCUCGGAGGAUGAAGAAAACGAGGACAACGAAGAGGAAUCGGAAGACGAAAGGUCAGCCGUGGAAGUUACUCCAAGUCAGGUUUUAAUGGCGCCGGUUGACCCAUCACUCCAGUCUUUAGGGAUUGUCAAUCUAGCGUUUGAUGAUGACAUUUUGGACCAUGAGAAAAGCCAAGUGGAAAACCAGCCCAACAGUAAAAUCCAUCGAUCAUUGUUGUUGUCAGUUGAUGAGUGCGAAGAGAUAUGCUCAGAGGAGGGCAAUGUACAAACACCAACUCAGAAACCGGACGAUGCAUCAUCUCAUUGUGACGUCCCUCCCCGUGACCAACAAAACCAUUUUCAAAAAAGUAACGAUAUUCAAAACGAGGAAGGAAGAUGUGAAAAAUCUCAAGUGUUCCUGCCAGAGCUUCAGGAGUCCGUGCAGGUCAAGGGGGAAUACACCAAGGAGGACAUGGGUAAUUCCAGUAUCAUAAACUACACCAGAGAUCUUCCUCCUCAGGAGCGACCGUGUCAGCUUGACCUACGACACGCUGAACAAUACAAGGGCGGUCCACAAAGCAUUCACGUAAAACUCUCAGAAAACAAGAAAGAUGACUUUCACCUAGUACUGAAUGAACUGAAAAGGAACACUACUUUACCUGCUUCACAACAUCCACCAGGGAACAGUGGUUGUGAGAGACUGGAUCAAAUCUGCACACAUGACCGCAGCCUAUCCCAAGCUUUGUCCCCCAAUUAUGAGAGGGACAUGGCGGAAGCUUUCAGACACAGCUCAGUCAAGGACAGGAUCUUCAAAUUACAAGAGCAAAGAGAUGUGGGAGAACAACAAAGGCAGGACCUUGAUAAAAGUUACUAUUUUGCCGAGAGGGACUGGAGCCUUCUAAGGCAGCUACUCUCAGAAUAUAAGUCCACUCUGGGUGUAAUAAACCCAGUCCCUUCAGAGCUUAACCUGGCCCAGUACCUCAUCAAGCAGACAUUAUGCCUUUCACGGGACAACCUAGACUUGCAGGCUUUGCUGUCACCCGAAAAGGAAACGUAUACACGCUGGGCAGAGCUCAUAUCCCCUAUGGAUGACACAUCAACCUCCUCCACUAGCAUCAGCGUGACCAGCUUCUCACCAGAAGAUGCUGCAUCACCACAGGGGGAGUGGACCAUUGUUGAACUUGAAACGCAUCAUUGACCACACAAAAUGAUAGUUUCUGUACAGGUGACAUCCAAAUAAUGUCUGGUUCUUACCACAGUUGUUAUGCAUGCUGACAUGUCUCUACUGUAUAUUGUUUAUGUUAAAUAAUCAAGAAAAGCAAAUUCAAGCAUGUGUUUCUCUUGGGAUUGUGUUCAAAUAAAAAAUAUACGACCAUUUAAUGGCAAAUUAAAAAUGACACUGUUAUAUA